AUGACCGAACAGAUUACAUUUCAUCGUACCUCGACAAUAAGACAUCGUGCCAGUAGAAAUGGCUCAUUGAUUCAACAUGAUAAUACAACAGGUGGUACUGUUACCACUGGAAGUAUGAUUGUUCAAGGAGGUGGAGGCGGUGGUGGCAGUGGUGGUGUUGCUGCUACUGCCGGUGGUGUUGGUGGUCUUCAACCGCAGUCAAGUGUAAGACGACCAUCAAUUAUGCAAAAGUAUAUGGGUGAAAUUGAGUUCACAGGAUUAAAUCAGACAGCCAGAUUCUGUAAACUCAACAGUGAUACACAUGAUUCAGUAUUACGUGAUAUAUUGAAACGCAAAUGGGGACUCAAACCACCUACACUCAUUAUAACUGUUUUUGGUACAGAUUUUGAAAAGAAGCGGAAAUUAAAGAUGAUAUUUAAGAAAGGUCUAUGGAAGGCUGCUGAAAGUGGUUGCUGGAUUGUAACGGGUGGUUUUCACUUGGGUGUUAUGAAGUUGACUGGUGAAGCUGUUCGUGAUUACACAGAUGCUUAUGGUGGCAAUCGAAUGAUGGCAUUUGGUGUGGCCAGUUGGGAUUGUGUAACAAAGAAUGAAAUACUUGAAGCAGCUUUACAUGAGGGUACAGCAGUUUAUCAAUCAGAAGAAGAUGAUGGGGAAGAUGCUGAAGAUAGCGAACCAAUUUUGGUGGAUCCAUCGUCACAAGGCGGUUUCAAACCAGUACGUAGUGAUGUUGAAGAGCGUGCACUGGACCCGAAUCAUAAUUUUUUCGUGCUAGUUGACGAUGGGACAACUGAUCAGUUGAAAGGCAAAGACGCUGAAUUCCGUGCACGAUUUGAACGUUGCAUCUCUUUAUGGAGUUGUGCAAGCAGUCCUCAAGAACAGAGUUCUGCUACUGCAAAUCAGCAGAGUGGAGCAGCAGGUUCUGCAACAUAUUUACAACAACCUCAGAGUGGUCUUCCCACCACACCCAAUAACAGCAAUAAUGCAACCACUGGGACAUUACAAAGACAAGGUAGUACAAUGGGCGGACAGACUAGUACAACAUCUGGACCGCAAACGAGUGCAACGUCGAUUGGUAAAGCUUCAGGUACUACAGGCGGCUCUUCAAGUAAUUCUGCUUUAGGCAAAGGCACAGGAGAAGCAACAAUUAGUAACCAGCCUGUCUCAACAGGGUCUGGAACACGAGGGACGAAAGAGAAACAAGUUGUAGAUUCAAGUAUUAGGCCAGCAAAAGGUGGAAAAUCUGUUGGAAAUGAGGAAGAAAUUUUGGUACCAAUGUGUGGCUUAGUUGUCGGUGGAGAUCGAUUCACACUACGUCAAGUCUAUUGUUCAAUGAUUCAAAAUCGUUGUCCAAUUGUUGUUACAAAGGGUACAUCUGGAGCUGCAGAUGUGAUAGCAUUUGGACUGGAUGCAGCUAACAAAAUGGCAGCUGAAGAAGUUGUUGAUGAUAAGGACCAAGUACCACUGGAGGCCAGAAUCGAGUCAAUCAUCGAAGAAUUCCUGAGUGAUCUACAUCCGGAUUACACAAAUUAUACAGAUGAAGUGAAUAUGUUGAUUGAAAUUAUCAAUGACUAUACCAAUUUAGUAUCAGUAUUUGAUAUGGAAGAAGAUUCUGAUCUGGAUGGAUAUGUGAUCUCUUCACUGCUUGCAAGUGCUGGUUCAACGGUUGCAUCGGAUCAGAUUAAUUUGGAACAGUUGGAAAUCACGCUAACUCUGAAUCGUGCAGAUAUUGCACGUGAAAAAAUAUUUCUAGAAAAUAAAAAAUGGAAAAAAGGUCAAUUAAACGACUAUAUGUACCAAGCACUGAUGAGUGAUAGACACGAUUUUGUCAAGUUAUUCUUAGAACAAGGUUUUAGCCUAGAGGAAUUUCUUACAGUUUAUAUGCUUGAAAAACUCUACACGGAUCAACUAAAAAAUCUGAAUUCGAAGGUGGCUAUUUUUAAUAAAAUGUGGGAGUACAAUAGAUCACAUCGAACAUCUAAAGUAGCUUUACGAGAUGUUGGAAAGGUGAUCAAAGCAUUGGUCGGUGACUUUUACCAUCCAUUGUAUCUGAGUAAAGAAUUUCAAACGAAACUAAUGCCUGAGAAAAGACUAGAGGGAGCAGAUAUUCGUGAACGUUUACUCGGUUCACAUAAGCAUAGAAAUAGUCGAAAUUCGAGUAUAUGCUCCUCAUCAGUGUCAUCGAAUAAUCUGGGCGCCAUAUGCCCACGUACUCUUGGCCUAAAAGAAGGUGUACGAUUUAUUGAUCAUAGUGAAGACUUCGACAUGAUGAGUACGAAUACUUUUAACUCUGCCAUUGAAACAGGAUUUCGAAAUCCAGCCUUCUUAGAGUGGGACAAAAGUAGAACACGUGCGAUAAUUCGUCGAGGAGCUACUAGUGUUGAACCACCCGAAGAAAAUAAUAACGAUCUUCUUGAAGAUGAUGAAAAUGUGAUGAGUGGAAAUAAUACAGAUGAAUUUACUACAAAUUAUCGCCUUCCACGUAGUUCAACAGUGAUGACAACGAUAAGCGGUGAACCGUUGUUGACAUCGGGGGGUAUACAUCAAUUUGAUAGGUCAACUGAACACUUAAGAGGCAGUACUCAUCAUCAAAAUGAACAGACAAGAUCAAUACGAUCACAUUCACACAAUCGGUCUACAUCACCUUAUGAUCAAAAUGAAUCAAGAUAUCUAUAUGAUGCUGACAUUCAGCCUAGAAGAAGUACAUACCUUUCAGCGACUAGAACUAACAAUUCCAACAGGAAUGGGUAUAAAGAUCCACACAAUCGACACAGUCGCCGUUCUUCAACUCAGACCAAUGAAUAUGAUAUGUUAAUUCCAGGCCAACCACUAAUAUACAACGCUACAGUAAUGGCGGUUAAUCGAUCAGGUCAUGGUUCACGUGGACCGUAUACAAGUCUCGGUCCUGGUCAUUUUCGUAUUGCUGGAAGAGCACCAUUGGCCUAUGAUUCUACCUCUGUAGGGACUACAAGUCCUGUUCAAACACCUAAACGAACAAUGAAUGAUGCCUUACAAUUUUCAUUUGAGAAUGAUCGCGUCCAACGUAACUCUUUGCUUGUUUCAUCAUCUCAAAAUGAGAAAACAUUGAAACCUGUACUUUUUGAGGAUGAAGUGAUAAACAAAUCCUCUAGAUCAUGUUUUGCAUCUUGUCUUCAAUGGAUUUCAUCAUUCUGUGGACGAUUAUUUGGACGUAACAAUGAUUCUGCAAAAUUGAAGAAAACUAGUAAUCUUAACCAAGAACAAGGAGGCAUUAAAGGACCGAAAGAGUUCGCCACUUUACGUGCAAUGGCUGCUUUGGCUGCAGCCACGGCAGCGACUGCUGUCGCUGAUCCAACAAAAGGCGCCCAUGGAGAUGAAGAACAAACAAAAUCAAUUCAACUGGAUCGUCCUGCUAGAGAACUUCUGAUUUGGUCAAUUUUAGUGGGGAAAUUACGUAUGGCUGAAUUGUUCUGGACUAUGGAAAAAGAACCCAUAGCUGCAGCACUUUUGGCCUCAAUUCUUUUAACAUCUUUGGGGAAUAAAACAGACGACUUCACAGAUAAAGAGGAUUACAGAAGCUUUGCAAAGAAUUUUCAAGAACGUGCAGAAGGUGUACUGAAUGAAUGUUAUCGUGAGGAUGAGCAUCGUACACAGCUAAUUAUUAAUCAUGAAUUAAUUUACUAUGGUCGUAGUUCAGUAAUCAAGUUGGCUGCUGAGGGACAGAGUAUCAAAUUCAUGGCACAUCCAUGUUGUCAAGAUUUUCUUACUAAUACAUGGAGUGGUAAUUUAUCGACAAAGAAUAGUGUAUUUCGGUAUUUUAUGGGGAUUGUUUGUGGCUUAACACUGCCGUUUUUAAUUCCCAAAGUUAUCUUGUCUAAACCAAAAUCUGGUACAACAGUUGAAGGAGAGGAAUCAGGAGCUGCUGCUGAACAGCAUGGAUCUGCGCAAGUUCAUGCGUCUACGUAUGUGACUGUUGAAGAUGCUGGUAAAAAGGGUGUUCGGAAAACCCUACAAGUCAGGACAUUAGAAUAUAUUUCUCAAAUUCGUGAUUUUUAUAUGGCUCCAGUUAUUCGCUUUGUGUACAAUACACUAUCCUACAUGACAUUUCUCAUCCUGUUCAGCUAUCUUCUACUAGUUGACUUUCGAAUAAACAUUACGGUUGUUGAAUAUAUUGUGAUUGCAUGGGUGAUCACAUUGUUUAUAGAAGAAAUUAAACAGAUUGCUUGGGCUGUAUUGUCCGGUAUCAGUUUCAGGACUUAUAUUUCUGAUGGAUGGAAUAAAUUAGAUUGUGCUGGUUUGGCAUUGUAUAUUGUCGGCUUUAUAUUACGUUUAGUUGUGUUACUACGGUUGGGUGGAGGAGAGAAUAUUGAUUUUCAACAUGAACGCUAUUACAUUGUAACAGAUCCUAUACUCGAUCCUUCUCGUAUCUGUCUUGCAAUUAGUCUGUUCACAUUCUAUAUACGCUUAAUGUAUACAUUUAGCUUUCACAUUGCAUUAGGACCCAAGUUGAUCAUGAUUGGAAAAAUGGUAACCAAUGACUUGAUCCCAUUUAUGAUUAUUUUAACUGUGAUUAUGGUUGGUUAUGCGGUAGCGGCUCAGUCAAUUGCAUAUCCUAACGGUUUAUUCACCAAAGAGAAUAUGACUUUGAACUCCGAGAUCAAACAUAUGACAUUUGCAGAUAUUAUCUUCUCAAUGUAUACAACUGCUUAUUUUCAAAUGUUUGGUGAUUUCAGUUUAGAUGCUUUACAAGGAGAAGACCGUACAUGUCAGAAUCAUAUGUGUCCAACAAAGACAUCCCGUUGGCUUGUGCCUAUUAUGCUAGGAUUCUAUGUAUUGCUAACUAAUAUACUGAUGUUCAACUUACUUAUUGCCAUGUUUUCUAAGACUUAUGAAGAAAUUGAAAGCGCAUCAACAUACUACUGGAAUUAUCAAAGAUAUCAGAUGAUCAAUGAUUAUGUACACCGAUCACCACUUGCUCCACCAAUAAUUAUUGUAUGGCAUUUCUAUGAAGCUUAUAAAGCAAUUGGAAAUCAGUGUGCAAGUUUAAGAAAUGCUGAGACGACAAAGUAUAAUCCAUUUUGUGUACGCUUUACUGAUAUAAAAAAAGAAAGAGAAAUGGUCAAAUGGGAACACAUGAAGGCUAUGGACUACUUAAGAGAACCUUCAACAAAGGCUACAGGAAAAAGAGGUGUUGCAGAGUCUCGAGCUGUUGUAUUUCGUGGUGGUGGUGGUGUUGGUCCUGGUCAAGGGCCAGUUAUGGAUUUAAAAAGUGAAAUGUCAAGUGUUACAGAGGGUAUUGGUAUGGAGUUAGAAAAACGUUUCAAAGAGAUAGAUAAUCAGUUUCAACGAUUCAAUGAUGUUGAUUCACGUUUGAAUGAUGUAACGCAAUUACUGACAAAUUUAUCUGAGGUAAUCAGUAAUAUGACAGAAACUCAACAACGAAUUAUUCGACAAAUAAGUGAACUGCCUACAUGUCAGUGUAAUGAAUUCACUGAUGAAGUGGUUCCUGUGAAAAAAUCUUCAACAUCCACAACAGAUCCAACACCAGUGGAGACUAGGAAACGGACAAAAUUAGAAGUGGCAAUUCAGUCUGCUUUGGAAGCAGCUAAAGAUGUUCUUCGACCACCUACACCACCUCCUCCGCCUCCACCUCCACCACCUCCACCUAGAGAAUCCCCGGUACUUUUAGCUGCUGUAGUCCCCGGAUCAGAGGAUGAUUCAAGUGGUUCAGAAGAAGGUGGAGAUCCUUCUGCUGAUCCGACACUGGUGCCUCAAGUACCAGAUAUGAAGACUGGUCGCGUGAUAGAAAGAAAUUUAGGUGAUCAUCGUCUAUGGAGAAUGGCUCCGUUUAACUUUGAAAAAUAUCCUGGAAUGCGAAUGAAUGUACCACCGGAAAGAAUGGCGUGGACAGUUGAAUAUCCAGACUACUUUGCCUACGAUGCAUGUGAAGAAGUGUUAUUAUUCCCAUCAGAAGAAGCACAUGACGGAGAAAAUUUUACGCAUGGAAACGUCCUAUUUACUUUUCAACACAGUGAAAAUCUACGUAGUAUAAAUUUCAAUCAGUAUGAUUCUAAAGCUAAAUUACGCCGACAAAGUCUACUUGGUCGAUAUCGUUUAGAUUCAACAACUGGAGCACCAUUGAAUCCAAUGGGUAGGACAGGUUUGUUGGGUAAAGGUCUAUUACCACGUUGGGGUCCAAAUCAUUCACUUGUAUUAUGUAUUACACGAUGGACAAGAGAUACACGAACUGGUGCACAAGUGAUUCGAAGUAAUCGUGGUGUUCUACAGUAUUUGGCAUUGGAACGAAACAAGAGGCUAUGUAUGCCAUGGUAUUUAACCGAUCAUACAAGCAGAUGUGAUUUUGAUGAAUGCAUACCGAAGUUAAUUAGCAGUUUAAUCACUAGACGUGCACGUGCUAUGCUUCCAGAAAGACGAGUAGACAGAUUGUUGAAACGAAUUGAAAAAGCUGAGGUUACACAGAUUUUCAAAGGUUACCUUGAUGAUCAAUUGAAUGCUGACAGUGCAUGGAUGGAGACUGUUGUCAUCAAUUUGCAUGAGUCUGAAAGUAAAGGAGCUCAAAUUCCAGACGAUAUACUUAAGUUACUCAACGAACCUGGAACUGAGGAACAAGCCAAAUGGAUUGAAGUAUCUCAUAGUAGUAAUCUACGCACAAGUCAUAAUUAUAUUCUUAAGAAUGUUGCUGAGCUCCGAAGAGCUUUUUACUAA